UUUACGAAAUUCGGGCAACGUGGCAAGAUCCAAUGGCCGCCUGGGAUACCCACCGACGCCUGGGGAGACGACACCACUCAGCUCAACACCUCCGCCGCCAACACGACCACCACGUCUGUACAAUUAAAACUGCCAGAAGCGUCAUGGAUUCGGUGCAUGCCAGUGGAGAUGACAGUGUCAUCAAAUGCAUCGUUUUCUAUCCCUACACGGCACAAAAUGCGAAUGAGCUCUCCAUGAUGGAAAACGAAGAGCUGGAAGUUUUUCUGGCCUUUUCCGAAGGCGACGGAUGGGUCAAAGCUCGGAAUUACAAGGGAAAGGAAGACUACAUGCCUGAAAAUCAUAUACCUGGACCUUCCCGCCGACGAUGAGCUGCCGUGUGGAGGUGACGAGGACGCCAAACAGAACGUCCAUGAGCAUCCAGUAAUUGUGGAGGAAGUUGAGCCGGAGGAAAGGGCACGAUGAAGAGGAAGAAGAAUUCGUUAGUGCAGAAGCGGGAAGAGUUUACCCGUUGGAGAACCAAAUUUCCUUCUCCUCAGUCGACUACACUUACCAGCAGCAGAGAAAUGAGGCCCGAAGAAGAAGAUGAGUUCCCUGGGCCGGCCGAAAGCGAUCCUUUACCUCCACCUCCUCCACCCAUUGCUGCCCGAGUUGUGGAAUUGUCUCCCGCUUCCAUCACUACCUCGGAUGAUAUUUCUACCCUGGAUUGAUCAAUCAAUCCAACUCCUCACGUUU